AUGGAAUGGCCCGCUUUGCAGGGCCAGGAAUUGCAAAAGCUAAAAGGAGCUUUCGCUACUCCACAGCAGUUGGAGGCAGCUUUUGACACAGACGCAGAAGCAGCAGAGCUGGUCGAAGUUUUCUUGCCAGGCAUAAGUACAGAAGGACGACGAGAGCGCGCUCAACUUCUUGUGGACUGGGCCGGGAGACAGGGACAGCUCGUUAAACGUCUGAGGAGAGAGUCGUUCCAGGGACUUUGGGAGACCUUACCGGUGCGUAGUGUACACUCUGAUGUCAGCAAGGAAUUUGAUGAGUUGGCUAGACAGAAUCCACUGUCUCUUUUGCCUGGUUUGGAGCGCAGACGCAGAGCAGCAAGGACAAAUCUGGAUUCCGCUAAGAGAGCGCAACAGGAGAGUGAUGAGCGUGAGAAAUACACAUUGCUGCUGGCAGAUGUGAUACGGCAAGCCAAGUUGCCAGUGGUGGCGCAGUUGGAUGCUGUCAACGAUGACGGGAGGUCCUGGAAGCGCAUCUUUGGGACGAGACGUAGCAAAACGCUGCGUAAUCGGUUUCGUUCUUGGAGGGCCUUUUCACGUUGGCUGGAGACAUCAUAUCAUAAGGUUUGGCCAUCAAGCAUUGUUCCGUUGCUGGAGUAUGCAGAUGAGAAAUACAAUGACGACUGUGGGAAAACAGUUUUACCCAGCUUUCAAGCAGCAUUGUCUGUGUUGGAACAGGCCGGGAGGGUACCGGAAGCCGAGAUGCUCUCGCGAGACCCUACCUGGUUGGCGCAGCUAGCAUCCUACACUGCAGAUCUGGAGCAUCGAAGUCUGCUUCCUGAUGGAGCCUACAGGAUGUACACUGGACACUCACCUAGAAACUUUCUGGCUUCCGUGGCGGCAGCUAUAGGUGUUCGAAAGGAAGACAUCGAUUACCUUGGGCGUUGGCUCAUAAGCAGGCUCUCUGGCGCUGGCGACUACAUUCGAACAUCAAGGGAAGUGGUACACCGUGUGCAAGAGACUGUGUGUCGAGCUUUGCUAGAGGGUGUUGGCGGGCAAUACCACGAGGACGAGGCCCUGUCGAUGCUCAAGAGCUAUGUGGACGGCUUGGGCACGUCUGGCAGCUUGGCUCGCAGGCAGCACGACAUCUUGCGUCGCGGCGAUGGCCAGCGUCACUUGGGGUUGAAGUGGCCCGCCUUUACACCUGCGUUGGAGGAUCCGGACAGUUCAGCAGAAGAUCUGGAGGAAGCUCCGGUGUUUUCGGCGUCCAAGUAUUUUAUCACUACCAGCUCCAAAACGGGGCUACGUCGGCUGCACCUCAAUGGUCCUUGCCAUGUCAAACAUUACCACUGCUCCUCGGUGGUUUUUGUGGACCAGGUCAACCUGGGAAGCUGGACAGGAGGCUGUCGAGGCGCGUUGCACGUGUUUCCACACUCAGAUGGAGGUACCGCGGAAAUGCUGGCGCUGGUAGCAACAGCUGACUCAGAUCUUCAGUAUGUACUUCAGGAAGCAGCAGCCCCCCUCCGGGUGCAGUAUCAGGUGGUUCAGGUGCAUACCACCCGCAGGCGUUUCCAGGCAAUUGCUGAUACGAGGGCGGAAGCUCGCACUGCUGCUCGUGACUUCAACCUUGACCACAAUUCCGCUGAAGGCCGUGCUCAGAUCGCAUCGGUGGUUGCUGCUUGGGAGUUGGCCAAAGAGUUUUCGGCUAAGGAGGUUGAGCUGAAGGCGGAAGCAAAGGUCAUGGGCCAUAAGAAGGUUCUCCAAGUUCAGGAGCGACAGGCUAUGCUUCGUGCAGUCACCACCGUGUAUGGCAAGCUGAAUGAGGCGGAGACGCCCACUCCAGAGUAUCUAGCAUCCAAGGCCGAGGAGUGCGAGGAAAACGAGCCGACUGCUUCCUCGCUAGAUCAGAUCAGCUCCAAGAAAGACAAACAGGUGGAGUCGCUGCAGUCCAGUGUGGAUUCCAGCGGUCAUCUUCGUGUCACCAAGACGAUACAGAAGCUGGAGAUGCCAGUGUGCACGGCGAUUGUGAGCGAUCGCCAGAUGGAUGUUCCGCCAGAAGGGGACCGCCCCAGUCCCUUGCCCAGCUCGUCUAGCACCGGCGCCUUGAGCUUCCUGGCUCGUGACCAACUUCUGGAUUCCCAGGCCCUGGUGGAGCAGCUAGAGGUCCCACUCAACACGCGCCUCGAGCCCGCCCCUGCAGCGGCCAGAGUCUCAGGCAUGCAGCUUAGACCUCCCCGGGCCCCACCGCCCCGGGAUGUUAAAGCGGCUGUGGACAAGGCAAUUCCUGCUUCUGCUUUGUCGCUGUGGCAUGAACUGUGUGAGGCACUGAUGCUGGUGUCCCCCGUUUUGCAGCAAUGUGCUCAGUGUUCUUCCCCUUCCGAGGCAACUGCUAAGCUUCUUAGUUUGGUGGCACCGUCCACAGCGGCACGGUACUUGCAGUCAUUUGUGCGUUUGCAGAAGGCGCUUGAGGAGUUGGGCGUUCCAUGUGUUACACAAGUGGAGCCGCAUCACGUCCUGGAUGCUCUAUUCAUACUGGAUAGGUCUAAGUCGGAUGCCUUGUCGUGCGUUCCAAAUGUGCUCAAAGCUGCCCGUUGGGUCUUCAAAAUUUUGGAUCUGGAUGUGAGCAGUUUGUACUGCCCGUUGAUUCGGGCUCUUGAAGUCCGGCCUAUACGUGACAGGCGGGAAGCUGUGCCUCUCUUGCUGGCGAUGGUUGUGGCUCUAGAACGCAUCGCAAUGAACACAUCAGAAGAUGGAGCGCUCCGCAUCUUCACGGGCAGUGUUCUUGUCCUGCUGUGGGCAUCAUUGCGCUUUUCUGAUGGGCAGCAUGUUCAGUGGGAUACCAUUUUGUGGGACGUGGCAUCUCUGCGCUUCGUUGCAGAAGCUACAAAGACCACACGUGGUGGCAUGCCAGCAGGUUGCUUAGUGGCCGGUCUGUUGGGCGACUUCGAUGCAACAUCAUGGUGUGCGCACUGGCUGUACUUAAUGGGCUGUUGUUGGGAUGAAAUGCGUAGGGCUGGCAUCAUCACCAAGCCAAUGGGUCUUUUCUUCACGUGGUCAGGCUCGGAGUUCGCGCCUCUGUCUUAUGCCCAAGCCCUGCGUUUGCUGCGCCAAGUUUUGCUGCAGUCCGGGUUUGAUGCUACGUCAGUCCAAAGCGUUACCCUACACUCCGCAAAGGUCACCCUUUUAGCCUGGUCUCAUGAGAUCGGCGUCUGCGAGGAGUGGCGUCGGGUUCAGGGCCACCACAAAGGGGGGCCAGGCGCUUCUAUGCCUCAACUGUAUUCACGGAACGACGUGAUAACACAGCUGCGCCUGCAAACAGUAGUUCGCCAGCAAUUGCUGCAGGGUUGGCGGCCUAUGACAGUUCAGGCCCGCGGGGCGCGCCCACCGUUGCUGCAGCCGGGUGUUUCGCUUUCGUCAGUGGGCAUGUUGCCAGCUCCGGAGCAUUCAUACUUUCAGCGUUUUCCAGGUGGCGAUUCUCUCCCGCACUCAGACGGGGGGGCCCCUGCCGGCAUCCUUGCUUUGGCGCCGGCCCAGCAGGCCGAGGCAGCCUUUUCCCCAUGCACUGAGAUGGAGCCCCCGGUGUGUGUGGGUGAACGUGCAGAGCCCUUGCCCGAAGAACAGCGUCUCGAGUUACUACAGCGGGAGGCAGGGUCCGUAUCCCCCCCCGAUAGCGUGGCAGUGGAUGCGUUCAUGCAGGAGUCAUCGGAUGAGGAGGUGGCAGAUGCACCCGAUUUAGGGGCAGCAGACGAGUUCACACUGCUCCGAGCAUCUUCCGGUGUGUUACAUGUGGCCCAUGCACUGGAGCAGGGGAAGACAGCUUGUGGGGUAGUCUCAGGUCUCUUGGAGCCGGUGUUGGAGCCGGGCGUAGGGGGGCGUUGGUGCCGCCGUAGUGCAUGCAUGCGCUUGCGCAUGCAGUUUUGA